AUGUAUUGUUUUACUUUGCAGCUAACUAUGGACCAAACCCAAUCUGCAAAGGCUGUUUGUCUUGCUCAAAGGAUAAUGGGUGCAUCAGAUGCCAGCAUAAAUUGUUUUUCUUUCUUCGACGAGAAGGAAUGAGGCAGUAUGGAGAAUGCUUGAAUUCCUGCCUCCGAGCUCCAGAUAUGAACAGAUGUUCAAGAUGCAGAAUAGAAAACUGCGACUCUUGCUUUAGCAGAGACUUUUGCACCAAAUGCAAAGCUGGCUUUUACUUACACAGAGGCCGUUGUUUUGGAGAAUGCCCAGAUGGCUUUGCAUCCUUAGAGGAAACUAUGGAAUGUGUGGAAGGCUGUGAAGUGGGUCCCUGGAGUGAAUGGGCAACUUGCAGCAGAAAUAAUAAAACCUGUGGAUUUAAGUGGGGUCUGGAAACAAGAACAAGACAAAUUGUGAAAAAACCGGCAAAGGACACAAUACCAUGCCCAACCAUUGCAGAGUCCAGAAGAUGUAAAAUGGCCAUAAGGCACUGUCGAGGAGGGAGGAGGACAGCAAAAACAAAGGACAAGAGAAAGAAGAAAAAGAAUUUAAUGGAAAGAGCUCAGAAGCAGCACAGCAUCUUCCUAGCUACAGACAGAGCUAGUCAGUAAAGACUUUUUUGUUUAUAUAUAUUUUUUUUGCAAAGUGCACAAAAGCUGCUAUAUGCUUCUGCAUAUGGAUGCAUUGCAUCCUCUGCUUUGACAGUAUUGGUUGCAAAGAACUUGUGAAAAAUGUCCACAAAUUUGUGUUAUUUAUACUUUUUAAUUUUUGAAUCCGAAGACUCCAAUGGUUGGAGCGCACUGAGUUGAAUCAGUGGAAGUGGUGUGGCAGUUUGUCAAAGACUUUGCAUUCAGUGCCUGGGAGAUGGAAAUGGCCAAUUCGUUGAAAUUAAAGUGCAGCAGGAAAGACAGCAAAUUACCAUUAGAUAAUGGACUUGUGCAUAUUUAUAUAAAAGAGGAGGUCUUGGUGGUAUAGAUACACUUACAUUUAUGGCCUUUGUUUCUUAUAUUUGUACAUUUCAAGAGUAAAUGUAUAUGAAUAUCAGCUUAGUGUUAAUGUGUGUAUUCUCUGCACCCACUGUAUUGAAACUAUUGUAUAAUAAAACUGCUUUAAGAUGGUAUGCCACAGGAGUUACUGCUUAGUGUUCUAGGAGCACAGAAGCCCCUAUGUGUACAUAUUAUGCUCUUGGUGUAUAAAUAAACUUAUUUACUGUACAUUUGUGCUUUCAUUCUUAUGUGUAACAUAUUAUGUGUGUUUAAAGUUGUCACUUUGGUUCCAGUAAUUCCAGAACAUAGUCCAGUAACAUUUACUUUUUGCUAUGUUUUGAAUGUUUUUACAGUUUAUCAUUACCUUUAAGCAAGACAGAUUAAUUUCUCAUUUGUUAAGGCACUUUCAGAUACAAAACUAGCUUGUAUUAGCCUCAGAACACAGUGUCAGGUUUGCAAUACACAUGCCUAAUUCUUUCAGUAAAAUUUAAGAGUACGUCUAGACUACAGGCUUUUGUUGACAGAAUUUUUGUCGACACAUACUGUUGACAAAG